UUAACCAUGGUUUUAAAAAAACAUAACCCAACCACACUAUUCCUAACCAUGGUUACAAAUUUAUCAAUUUUACUUACACUUUCCAAACCCUGAUUUUAUUCCCAAUUUUUUCAAUUUUUUCCAUUCCAUGCCGCUGUUCAGUUCCGACCCUAAUGGACUUGACCAAUUCAACGGUUAAAACUCCCGAACCUGAGUCCGAGCCUCAGGCUCGAGUCCAGGCGGUGGCGCCGCCGUUCAGCAACGGCGUACUGAAGCGACACCCGCCGCUCAGCAGUCUCCACCCGCCGGUGGUUGUGGCGUACAAAGAAUGUCUGAAGAACCACGCCGCCGCGCUCGGCGGCCACGCCGUCGACGGCUGCGGCGAGUUUAUGCCGUCGCCGGCGACGAAAAUCGCAGACCCGACGUCGCUAAAAUGCGCCGCGUGCGGAUGCCACCGGAAUUUCCACCGCCGGGAGCCGGAGGUUGCGUCGGCGGCGGCGUUUCCGGCGCUCGAGUACCGGCCGCACCACCGGCACCACCCGCUUCCGCCGCCGGGGAACAGCGGCGAUAGCGCCGAUAAUUCCCCAUCGCCGCCGCCGAUCUCGUCGUCGUACUACCCCACGGCGCCGCACGUGCUGCUGGCUCUCGGUCACGUGACGCCUGACGGAAAUCCCCAAAUCACCACCUCCGGAAACCCUAAUUUGACGCCAUUGUCGACCUCCAGCUGCCGGAAACGUUUCCGGACGAAAUUCAGCCAAAAUCAGAAGGAGAAAAUGCUCGAAUUGGCCGGAAAAGUCGGCUGGAAAAUGCAGAAACGCGACGACGAUCUGAUAAACGAAUUCUGCGGCGAAAUCGGCGUCGACAGAAGCGUUUUCAAGGUGUGGAUGCACAACAACAAGAACACAUUCAGUAAAAAGGACCUCUUAACGGCCGUCAUGACGCCGUCAGCCGCCGUUAACGGCAACGGAUUUAGUUACAGUGCGGUGAGCGCCGCCCCGGCCGAGGAGGACGCGGAGGAGGAGGAGCGCCACCACUUCCACGGCGGCGAUGAAGAAGACGAUCGUAUUAUCGUUACAAAUGGGUCUGCUUCCACUUCUAAUUAACUGAUUAUUUUGAUGAGAUCGAACGAUAUGAUUCUUCAAUGUCUUCAAAAAUUUAUCGUGGUUUUCGAGGAAGACGAUGACGAUCGACCCACAAUUUGUUAGUACGAUAGUUAAUUCUAAUUUCUCCUUAAAUUAAAUUUUCAUUUUCUCGUA